CUCAACUACACCACUCUCUCUCUCUCUCUCUCUCUCACUAUAUUUUUCACUAAUAAUAACUCUCUCUUCUUUCUCUCCUUCUCCGUCACCAGUUCCGGCCAAAACUCCGGCUUGGAACUAAUUCUAUAAACUCCUCCAAAAUUUCCCACCAAACACACCUUCAAAACGUGUCCAAAAACUAACCCACUGUCAGUUAGGACCACUACACUUUUCUCUCCCUAUUUGACCGCACUUGUUUCCUCCUAUGGACCAACCUCCUUUACCGGCCACAUUUCCUGGUUGAAAAAAAAAAUGCAUGCUCAAUUACUCUACAAAAAAGAUUCAUCAAAUAUCAUCAUACAUUAGUACUAGUAAUUAUUUCGCCUUGUUAUAGGGGGCUUUUCUGGUAUCUAAACAAAUGACGUCUACUACACCAAAUACAACAGCAACAACCACUGCUUUAGCCAUCACUGUUGACCCCACUACUGGUGGCGUUGACGAACUUAACGCUAAGGCAGUACAAAAAAGAUAUGAAGGGUUAGUAAUGGUAAGGACAAAAGCUAUUAAAGGUAAAGGGGCUUGGUAUUGGGCACAUCUGGAACCUAUUUUAGUUCAUAAUUCUGAUAGCGGACUACCUAAAGCUGUUAAACUACGUUGUUCUUUAUGUGAUGCUGUUUUUUCUGCUUCAAACCCUUCAAGAACUGCUUCUGAACAUCUUAAACGAGGUACUUGUCCUAAUUUUAGCAGUAACUCCGUUGCUAAACCUAUUUCUUCAGUUCCACCAACAACUAAUGUUGGCUUAACGCCGUCACCAACUCCGUUAAGUCCGCAAAAUCAACGUAAACGGAGUUCUUCUGGUGGUUUGCCACGUGGGGGUGGUAGUUCAAAUAGUGUAACAACAUCGUAUCAAGUUCCACCUUUAGCUAUUGUUGAUCCAUCAAGAUUUGCUGUUGAGUUAGCUUAUUCUCCUGUUGUUUCAAUGGCAACUACAGUUGUCACCGGUGGCGGUACGCCAGGUGGCGGUAGUGGUGGUACGCCAGGUGGAGGUGGUGCUGUGUAUGCUACACAGCAGCAUUUGAUGUUGUCAGGUGGUAAAGAGGAUUUAGGUGCUUUAGCUAUGUUGGAAGAUAGUGUGAAAAAGCUAAAAAGUCCUAAAGCAUCACCUGGUCCAACAUUAAGUAAAUCACAAAUUGAUAAUGCACUUGAUUAUCUUGCUGAUUGGGUGUAUGAAUGUUGUGGGUCAGUUUCGUUUUCGAGUCUUGAACAUCCAAAGUUUAAGUCUUUUUUGAAUCAAGUUGGUUUGCCUCCACUGUCAAGGAGGGAUUUUGUUGGUUCAAGAUUGGAUUGCAAGUAUGAGGAAGCGAAGGUUGAAUCCGAGGCAAAAAUUCGUGAUGCGAUGUUCUUUCAAAUUGCAUCUGAUGGUUGGAAGUCGAAGAAUUACGGGCAUGUUGGUGAAGAAAAUUUGGUUAAUUUGUCUGUGAAUCUUCCUAAUGGGACCAGCGUGUUUAGAAGGGCGGUUUUUACUAGUGGAUACGUGCAGUCGAAGUACGCGGAGGAGAUUUUUAUGGAGACAAUUUCUGAAAUUUGUGGGAACAGUUUGCACCAAUGUGUAGGUAUAGUUGCAGACAAGUUUAAGGCUAAAGCUUUGAGGAACUUAGAGAAUCAGCAUCAUUGGAUGGUUAAUGUUUCUUGUCAGUAUCAAGCGUUUAAUAGUUUGGUUAAGGAUUUUGGUAAGGAGCUUCCUUUGUUCAAGAAUGUAACUGAGAAUUGUUUAAACCUCGCGAAUUUCGUUAAUAAUAAGUCUCAACUUCGAAAUAGUUUUCACAAGUAUCAGUUGCAGGAGUAUGGGCAUGCUGGUUUACUGAGAGUACCUUUGCGUGGUUAUGAAAGAUCAGAUUUUGGACCUGUGUACACCUUAGUGGAGGAUAUUCUUAGCUCAGCACGGGCACUUCAAUUAGUACUGUUGGACGAAUCUUAUAAGAUUUUGUCUAUGGAGGAGCAAAUUGCUAGAGAUCUCGAAGAGAUGAUGAGGAGCCCGCAUUUUUGGAAUGAACUGGAAGCAGUGCAUUCGCUGGUAAAACUAAUUAAGUCAAUGGCUCAGGAUAUUCAGACAGAGAAGCCACGUGUAGGGCAAUGCCUUCCUCUUUGGGAGGAGCUAAGGGUUAAAGUGAAGGAUUGGUGUUCGAAGUUUCACAUCACCGAGCCACCUGUCGAGAAAGUAAUUGAAAGGAGAUUCAACAAGAAUUAUCAUCCUGCUUGGGCUGCUGCAUUUAUACUUGACCCCCUUUAUCUGAUUAGGGAUGCUAGUGGCAAGUACUUACCUCCGUUUAAAUGCCUAACACCGGAGCAAGAGAAAGACGUGGACAAGCUCAUUACACGGCUUGUGUCUAGGGAAGAGGCUCACAUUGCAUUAAUGGAGCUUAUGAAAUGGAGAACUGAAGGACUUGAUCCCGUUUACGCUCAAGCCGUACAAUUGAAGCAAAGGGAUCCCACCACUGGAAAGAUGAAGAUUGCAAAUCCACAAAGUAGCCGACUUGUGUGGGAAACUCAUCUCACUGAAUUUAAGUCACUUGGGAAAGUGGCGGUUAGGCUAAUCUUUCUUCGUGCAAGUUCAUGCGGUUUUAAAUGCAACUGGUCUGUUUUGAGAUGGGUGAAUGCGCAUUCCCAUUCAAGAGUGGGAAUGGACAAGGCGCAGAAGUUGAUUUUUAUUGCUGCUCAUUCGAAGCUUCAGAGGAGGGAUUGUUCUAGUGAUGAAGACAAAGAUGCGGAGCUCUUUUCCUUGGCAAACAGUGAGGAUGAUGUGCUAAAUGAGGUUUUUGUUGAUACAUCCUCUGUGUAGUGUUCCUAUUUUUCUUAUUUAUGACUACAACUGUAGGAAUUUUUUCCUGAAGAAAUGAAAUUCUUUCCACACUGUCGUGCUUUCCCUUUUACUCUUAACAAGAAUUUUGGUAGUGCUCUUGGAUAUGGAGGACUAUUGAACUAGCUUCUUGCUUGGUAACAAAAAGCUGAUUGAGAGAAGUUGCAGGACAGAAGUAUUGUACUGCUUUUAUUCUUAGGUAGUUUGGAAUUCAUAAUAUAUGUGGAGGGGAAGGUUUUUGUUUCCCGUUUCUUGUAAGAUCAGAAAUUUACUAUUGGAUAUAUCCUAUUAAUUUUAUGAAA